AUGGAUCUCACGAAGAAGCCAAUCCCCAAAAGCAUCUUGAUCUUUGGCGCUGCUGGCCACAUUGGCCAACCGCUAGCUAAAUUCCUCACACGAGAAGCCCCUGGUAUCCAACUCUCCCUCGUCGCAAGAAACCCCGAAAAGCAGAAAGGGCUAGAGAGCAAAUUCCCCAACGCCCGGGUUCUGGCAGCUGACUACGAGGAUCCAUCUUCACUCACCGCUGCUGUAAAGGGUAUGGAAGGCGUUUUCGUCAUAUCAUCCAGCGGCAUGUUGGAGACUAGUGCCAUGACGAACCUCACUAGUGCCCUCAAGGGAGAUGGCUCUGCGGUUCAUGUCAUCCGCUUUCUCGGGAUAUUCCCCGAGUUCAACCCCCACCGCGUUCCUGCGAAUUUAGGGCCCGGCAGUCUGCCUGUUGAACAUCCGAUUGCGAAGCGUAUCUUGGAUGAAAGCGGCCUUCCAGUUACUUACAUCAACUCCGGGGCUUCUUUCAUCGAUAAUUUGUGGCUGCAAAUGCAGCCCGUCCACUUGCACAAGAAGUUUAUAUGGCCGGAGCAUCGUGUGCCAUUCAUUGACCCACGCGACGUUGCAGAGGUUGCCGGGCGUUUGUUCGUCUCAGACAAUGCUAAGCAUAUAGGUGCAUUUCACACCAUGAAUAACGGCCAUGACUGGCUGACCUUCGAAGAAGUGGCGGGAAUUCUCAGCGAAGAGCUGGGUGAGCCAAUCACCUUUGACGGGAGCUACGAGGGCUUCAUGGAGUUCUGGGGUCCUAGGAUGGGAAAGAAGGCGGAGCGACUGUGGAAUUUUUUCAAGUUUGAAGAGGCUAACGAGGAACAAUGGGCUUUAAAUAAUUUCGUUGAGAGGAUUCUGGGGAGGAAGCCGACCACAGUUAGAGGCUGGAUAGUGGAGCACAAGGACAGCCUUUUAAAUGCUGACCAUAACGUCUCGUGGGCAAAGUAG